UCUGGUUUUUUUGUGCUAAAAGGUUCAACUAUAUAUCAGAAAGACAUGGCAACUUUUUUUUAUUGAAGAAUAAUGAAGAUGAUGUGGCGAAUGUAGGCAACUGCCACUCUGCAAUUGUGCAAAAGGCCCUACGCCCAUCACCCUUUCCACUUUCAAGGGUUACCUCAAACUUUGAAUUGAAGAGGCAAAAAGUUCUCAAAGGAUCAAGCGCCAUUCACCACCUCAAUUGAAGUUUGAACGUGAAGGACACCAGCUAACUCGCCCUUCCUCUCGCUGUCUCCCCUCCUCUUAUUAUAUCUUUCUCGCUCUCGAACAGACGAACUGGUGUGGUUCAGUUUAAGCAACUAAUCAAGGAUGUUGGAAUCUAAGGCUUGGAAAACGUAUUUGAGUAUUUUUCAAUUCUGUAGUUUUGUUCGUUUGUGUCUUGGAGGAACAUAGGAUAUAUUUUGUGCUUUGAGAAUUCAAGGGCCAUCUACCAGAACCAGGUCCUGGUCAGCUGUUUGAUCUGAUAUGGUAGGUGCUAGCAUUCAAAGCACAAGACCACCAAGGCUUGCCGAGUGAUCCCCACCAGCAGCUGGAAGGCUUGAAUUUAACUUUAAUGGCUGUUGUUUGGGAAUUCAGGGGGAAUCAGGAGUUUGGGUAUAGUAAGAGAUGAAGCUGGUAGUAUUCUUCUUAGUUUCUCAGCUAUCAGGUCUGAUUGGACAUGGAAUCUCUCCCAGGGGUGGACUGUUGACAGUUAUUCAAGGGUUAAAGUUGCUGUCUUUAAAGGGGUGGAAAGAAGUGGACGUUGAAGGAGAUUGCCAAACAGUUAUCUCUUGGGUGAAGAACAGAGAAGAAAUUCCUUGGACAAUGAGGCCUAUGGAAAGAAUGAGGGAGGUCCAGCUCAGUGCCCAUACUGUAAAAUCCCAUGGAGUUUCAGUUACAAAGUUCCACAUGCAUGACUGGCUUAUGUUGCUUUUUCUUGUGGUGAUAAAAAUCAUUCUAACUGUUAUUCAUCCAUUUUAUCGCUUUGUGGGGAAGGAUAUGAUGAAUGGCCUCAAAUAUCCCCUCAAAGACAGUACUGUACCCAUGUGGACUGUUCCUAUAUUUACAGUGUUGUUGCCCAUAGUCAUAUUUAUCGCCUUCUAUUUCUGUAGGAGAGAUAUUUAUGAUCUGCACAAUAGUAUACUAGGGCUAUUAUUCUCUGUGCUGAUAACUAUAGUUAUUACGGAUGCAAUAAAAAAUGCAGUUGGUCGUCCUAGACCAGACUUCUUUUGGCGAUGCUUUCCUGAUGGGAAGGAUGUAUAUGAUCAAUUGGGAAAUGUUAUUUGUCAUGGAAAGGCCAAUGUCAUAAAGGACGGUCAUAAGAGUUUUCCUAGUGGCCAUACUUCAUGGUCCUUUUCAGGUCUUGGUUUUCUAUCCUUGUAUUUAUCGGGCAAGAUAAAAGCAUUUGACCAUAGGGGACAUGUCGCAAAACUAUGCAUUAUUUUUCUUCCUCUUCUUGUGGCUUCUCUUGUUGGCAUUUCUCGAGUGGAUGACUAUAAGCACCACUGGCAGGAUGUUUUUGCUGGAGGCCUCUUAGGCUUCACAGUUGCAACAUUGUGCUACUUGCAGUUCUUCCCACCCCCAUACCAUACCAAUGGUUGUAGGUCUUAUGCAUACUUGAGGAUGUUGGAGGCAGCAAAUGCCAGCGAACAACCCACCAAUGCUGUGAGCACACUAAAUGUGGAUGCCAUGAGGGUACAGCAACAAGUUGAACAAAAUAACAAUCAAUUAAGGAGAUUAUCUGAUACAAAUGGUUCUAACAAUACAUUGGAUGAGUUGGAAUCUGGGAUGAGAGCUCAGGCAGAAUUGAUGCCGCUACUCCUGAAGGUCUCGAGGCGAUGAUUAUAUCUGGAUGAAGCAUAUUCAAGGUUGCAUGGAUAUGGGAAAGUGAUAGAACUCAUUGUAUAUUUUGUAUGUGUGUAGUCUGGCAAGCUGGCAAGCUGAGAAAACAUGGAUCUGAUACAUUUGAAAGAAGGUUUAAUUACUUAAAUAUACCCUGUGGUUUCCAAAACUACUUUGGCUGUUGCCAAAAAUCAUUCAGUGUCAUCCCAAUAGCUAAUUUCUCA